AUGCCAGAGUCGGAUUCAAUUUUGCCUGAGGACGAUGAGAAGAACGUCAGCAUGAACCAGUCGGGGUUCGCUGAUUGCGCGAGGUUGCCCGCGGAGUUGGCCCAGCACGACCAAGCGGCCCGACAUGCGCUGCGCGCGGCGGCAAGGGCGGCCCCAAUGGCGACAGGGGCGCCGGCAGAGGCCAAGAUGAGGGACGAGGAUGUCGCGGACAACGGGGGCGUUGGAAUUGCGGCAAGGUUGGGCGCGGCAGGAAAGAUUGCCGGCAGAAGAAGACGAAGCAGCGAGACAAAGACGGCAAGGGAUCUGGUGACACAGGAGAUUCUGAAGGAACGAGGGGUCGAGCGCGAGACGCAGGCGACCUGGGGGGACGGGCGUGGCCAGCCAUGGCCAGUGGAACCAGGGGGACUCGAGCUUUGCGCGCUGGCGGCGGUCAUCUUCGGCGCAGGAGCUGCGUCCGCCGCGGCCCCCAGUGCCUGGUCGAGCCCGGCGCCCGGGCCAAACUCGCGGUGGCGAAGGGCGGCUCACGGACAGAUCAUCGUCGAUGGGGGCCUCGGCGGGGUCGCCGGCAUCGACGAGCAGAAUAAGCGGGCCAGGUUUCGCGGGAGGGCGGCUGCGACGAGGCCGCUGGCACCGGCGCCGAAUAUGCUAACGGGCAAGGUCGGCCCGGAGACCGCCAGCGGGGCGCGCAGUUUCGGAGAGAGACAGAUGGCGGCGGCGCAGGCGGCGCGCGGGGGCAGUCUCUCCGCCAGGGAGCAGCCGGCAGGGCCGCCCGCGAGGGCGCGCGCAGCGUUCGCGGAGAAACGCGAGAUGCCCGAGGCCUCGCCGAACGAGGGCGCGGAGGAUGGCUCCUGGGACGACAUAGGGGCGGGCCAGACUCGGGGCAGGUCCGAGAAGCCCACGAGGUGGGCCGGAGCGGACAAUGGCGACCACGAGCGACUGCGACGCGGUCUCGACCCGCAGCCGAAGAAGCGGCCGGGCGCAUGUCGCAGCCUCUGCGGCGCUCGCCUGGAGAGCGCGGCGUGGGCCGUAGAGCUGUCCGCGGUGAUCAUGCUGCUAGGAUUCUUUUUAUCGCAGGCUUUCAGGGCCCCGGAGGCCGAGGGCGCCCGGCUGCGGGAGGGUGCCGCCAUCAACCAGUCGCUGACGGUGUUGGGCCAGGUGAUCUUCGCCCUGGCGGGCCAGAGAGAGAAGAAGGUGCAUGUGCCUUUCAGGAAUUCGAAGCUCACGUUCUUGCUGUCCGACUCCCUUUCGGGGAACUCGCGAACUGUGAUGAUCGCAGCCGUGUCCCCGGCGGCAGAAAAUUACGAGGAGACCUUGAACACCCUCAGAUUCGCUCAGUCGGUGAAGAAGGUGAAGACCCAGGUGGUCAAGAACGAGGCCGUCGUGCAGAACCCCGAGGUCAUCAUCCAGCAGUUGAGGCAGCAGAUCGAGGAAAUGAAGGCCGCGCACGCGCAGGCCCUGGCGGCCAGCCCCAGCAAGCCGCCGGCCGCGCUCCCGGACUCGGAUGCGCCAUCCGUGGAGCGAGAGGUGUCCACGGAGUCCUUGGCGGCGCAGGUCUCUCCGCGCAGGACGACUGUCUUCUUCAACGACGUCGCCGAGGAGGAGGAGGCAGACGACCUGGGCCCCCUGGAGAGAGAGCAGCGCGACCUGACGGCCACCCUGGAGCGGAUCGAGUGCAGCGUCACGAUGUGCGGCAACGAGGAGGUCAAGGACUCGCUGCGGGGGCUCAUAGACCGCUUCGAGAGGCUGCGCGAGGACGUCGAGCAGGCGAACUACUUCAUGGCGUACAUGCAGGAGUACGGGUGCAUGCCCCGAGGGGAGGAGAGGUGGCUUGCCGCGAUCAGCUGGGUCGCCUCCGGAGAGGCCCGACUGGUGGGCACCGUCAUGGCCAAGCUCGUGCUCCACGAGGCCGACGGCGGACCCCACGGGCGCUGGAGGGUCGUCAUGAAGGCGGGCGGUGACGAGAUGCACGAGAUCGUCGGUAAGCUCGAGAAGCAGUGGCAGGCGAAGACGAGGGAGCUGAACCAGCAGAAGGAGGCGCCCGCCCCGCAGGAGGCGCCCGCCCCGCAGGAGGCGCCUGCCACGCAGGAGGCGCCCGCGGUCCGGGAGGCGCCCGCCCGGGAGGGCCCCGCGGCGGAUCCGCCCACGGCCUCCCCAGAGGCGCCGCCCGCGCCCCCGGGCCCGGCCUCGGCCGACGCAGCGGUGGCGGCAGACGCCGCGCUCGAGGAGGCCGUGCCGGCAGGCCCCGAGGGCGCCGCCGACGGAGGGGCCGCGGGCGCUGCCGCGCCCGCGUGCACCGAGGACGCCGCCGCGAGGGCGGCGGCCGCUCUGCGGGUGGCCAUGGGCACCUCCCAGGCUCCAGGCGUCCUCGGCAGCCCCCUCGCGCUCGCCGAAGGUGCCACGGCGCCCGGCACCGCCAGCGCGGGCGGGCUCGGGAAGGGCAGUGCGGCCGCGGAGGCUCUCGCGGCCGCCGCAGCCCGGCGGCGUGCCGCCGAGGCCGCCAGCUCGCAGCGCCCCAGCAGGCAGGACGUUGCCGCGGAGCCGAUCCCGCCGCCGCGGCCGUCGUCGCCCCGGUCGUCGCACAGGUGGCCCGCGGCUGAGGGCCUCGACGAGAGGCCCAGCAUGGAUACGGAGUGA